CCCGCGCGACACGAUGAUCGUAUCCGAUAUUGAUUUCGCCGAUGUUACUGUUAAACUCAAACCUAAUUGCUUUCUCGGUUGCCUGCUGAUUGUGAUUUUAAUUAACCCAACCACGGCGAUUUUACAAUAUGGCGGACAGCAAUCAUCAUCAACAUCAUCAUCAUCAUCAACAUCGGCGUCUUUUAAUCAAGAAUUUCAAAAUUUCUACAGUUCUAAUAGUUAUCUAACAAUGGAACAAAAAUCCACCUAUGAAAAAUAUUGGAAUUCAUUGGUUACCGGCAAUAUAAAUUUUAUUUUACAAAAUCUUCGUUGGAUGGCGCAGGAAGGGAACUUUGAUGAUUAUUUUAUGGCUUUGAAUUAUCUCGUUUAUGUUCAUGAUAAUCACAUGCAGAAUGCGCGACUUUUGGGGAUUAUUGAACAGCUUAUCAAUGAAAGUCUUACGCAAAACAUUGUGAACUCUUCGAUUUUUUUGACGAAAAGUGUGACUUACAACAUCGUUAAAUAUCUCCUUACGAGGUUCCAAGCAAACAGUGAACCAGUUGGAGAAGUGAAUUUCUCUGUGAUUGAUUUCGAAGCAUUGAGAAACGAUGAUUUCAACAGACUUAUCCUGACUCUGAAUUCUGGCCAAUCUGAAUAUUAUAAUUUAAUGGUGAAUUAUUUGAAAUCUAUGCCAGCGUGGCAAUAUCAACAGAUUGACUUCACGCAAUCAACUAGGACUAUCCUCAAACAAAUAUUCUCGAUGAUUUUGAAUACUGAAUCAUCUGGACAACUUCAACAAGCGAGUAAAUAUUACUUGGAGUUGUUUAAUAAACAAGAAGUUGAAUUUCAUACCCAGCAGACUUACAUACACACAUUUAAUGAGCUUGUUAAUUUUAUUCCGAGCUUCAAUUCGACUUAUCGGAAUGUUUUGAUUAAUUUUUUGACUUCGGGAACUAUGGUUUAUGAUUUGAUACAGUUGGCUGGACCACCAACGGCUAGCCCAGCGUAUUUGUAUAAUCUACUCCUAAAGGGUUUACAAUCUUCUAAAAUUACUGGAAUUUUAAGAGAGGCUUUCCAAUUUUAUUCGCAGUAUUUCCACAGUGUGAAUACUGUUACAGAAGUUACAAGAUCUAUUCCUUCGUUUACUCAAUCACCUGGAAGAGAAUAUUAUCAAAUUUUGAAUGGAUUUAUGAAUAGUGCUCAGUUUAGAACCAUCAUGGGAACAGCUAUAAAUCGUUUGAAUUUGAAAUCGACACAUUUACUUCAGGAUAUUUUAAUGAUGCUUCAAUCGAAUGCUUUUGUAUCAGCUGAUAUCAAGAAAGCUGCUUCGUAUUAUUUGGAAUAUUAUAAUGCGAUGUCUGUUAGACAAGAAUAUCAUGUUGAUCAACUGUUUGGAAUGAUUCCGCAACCAUCCAUGGACUCAGAAUGGAUGUUUUAUAAUAAUUUGAAGAAUAUGUUUGCGAGUUCAUCGUUCCUCAAAAUAAUCCAACAGAGUAAUUUACAGGGGAUAACUGAUCAGAGAUUACGCUUGAAAAUGAUUUUGAUGAAUGCUAUGAGGAGUCAAUGUUGAGUGGACAAUUUAAACAGGCUAUUUCCUAUUACUUCAAGUCUUUGUUCCAUGAAAAUAUUCAAACAGGCAAUUCAAAUUCAUACUUCAAUAUGAAUACAAAUUCACAGUCGAAUUUUAAUUUCCUGCUUCAAAAACUGCAGAGUCUUCAUGGUGAUAGUCGAAUGUAUCAGAUAAUGGAAUCAUUUUUGAGGAGUAGCAUGGCCUAUCAACUGUUCCAACAAGGAAGUUAUAAUUAUCUGCAAGCAUUGAAUAUGAUUAUGUCUAGUGGAUUUGUUUCUGCAGAAGUGAAGAGAGCUGCUUCAUAUUAUUUGGAGUAUCUGAAUUACUUUAAUGUCAAACAACAAUAUGGCGUUGAUAAACUGUUUACUUUGAUUCCACAAACACAAUUUGGGCAAGAUCAUGGAUAUUAUGAGAAAAUGAGGCAAUUAUUCACAAGUACAUCGUUUUUGAACAUCAUCAAACAGAGUAAUAUAACUGUGGGGAAUGAUCAAAGUAAAAUGCUACAUGAUAUUUUGCUCAAAGUUCUUCAGUCUCUCCAGAUGAACUCGGAAUAUAGACAGGCGAUACAGUACUACUUUAAAUCAAUGUACAAUGAAGAUGCGUCAAUGUUCACGAGCGGAUCAGGUGGGUUUUUGGGAGGAUCUGGAAUGGUUACGGGCGGAUCAGGAGGGUUUUCGGGCGGAUCAGGAGGGUUUUCGGGUGGAUCAGGAAUGUUUAGGAAUGGAUCAACUGGUUUUGUCUCUAGAUUCCAAUCAAACUUUGAUUUCCUUCUUCAAAAACUACAAAACCUUCAUGGGGACAGCCACAUGUAUCAAAUAAUUGAAUCUUUCAUGAGAAGCAGCGCUGCUUACCAACUUUUCCAACAAGGAAGUUACGAUUACAUCCAAGCAUUAAAUAUGAUAAUGUCCAGUGGAUAUGUUUCUGCUGAAGUCAAGAGAGCUGCUUCUUAUUAUUUGGAAUAUCUGAAUUACAUCAAUGUGAAGAACAAAUAUGGUGUUGAUCGACUCUUUACUUUGAUUCCUCAAACACAAUUUGCUCAAGAUCAAGGGUAUUAUGAGAAGAUGAGGCAAUUAUUCACUAGUACAUCAUUUUUGAGCAUCAUUAAACAGAGUAAUUUGACUGUGGUGAAUGACCAAAGCAAAAUGCUACAUGAUCUUCUGCUCAAAGUCCUUCAAAGCCUCAAUAUGAAUUCGGAAUAUAGAGAAGCAAUUACCUAUUACUUUAAAUCAAUGUACAAUGAAGAUGCGUCAAUGUUCACGAGCGGAUCAGGAGGAUUUUCAGGAGGAUCAGGAGGGUUUUUGGGUGGAUCAGAAGGGUUUUCGGGAGGGUCAGGAGGGUUUUCAGGUGGAUCAGGAGGGUUUUUGGGCGGAUCAGGAAUGUAUAAAAAUGGAUCAACUGGUUUUGGCUCUAGAUACCAAUCAAACUUCAAUUUCCUGCUUCAAAAACUACAAAAUCUUCAUGGAGACAGCCGCAUGUAUCAAAUAAUCGAAUCUUUCAUGAGAAGCAGCGCCGCUUAUCAACUUUUCCAGCAAGGAAGUUAUGAUUACAUCCAAGCAUUAAAUAUGAUAAUGUCAAGUGGAUUUGUCUCGGCAGAAGUAAAGAGAGCUGCUUCUUAUUAUCUGGAAUAUCUUAGUUACUUCAAUGUCAAAAACAAAUACGGUAUUGAUAAACUUUUCACUUUGAUUCCUCAACCACAAAUUGGUCAAGAUAGAGGGUAUUAUGACAAGAUGAAACAACUAUUCACAAGCACAUCAUUCCUAAACAUCAUCAAACAGAGUAAUAUGACCGUGGUAAAUGACCAAAGUAAAAUGCUACAUGAUCUUCUGCUCAAAGUGCUUCAAAGCAUGAAUUUAAGUAUGGAUUACAAACAAGCAAUUUCGUACUACUUCAAAUCAAUGUACAAUGAAGAUGUUUCCAUGUUUACGAAAUCACCAAUAAUGUUUGGAACACAAAUUCAAAAACCUGUGUACACCGGAGGAUUAAUUUCAUCCCCAUCUGCGGGAUCAUCAAAUUAUGACUUUUUACUUCAGAAACUUGAAAGUCUUCAUGGUGAUUAUCACAUGUUCCAGGUGAUUUCAUCAUUUAUGAGAACCAGCAUGGCUUAUCAACUCUUCCAACAAGGAAAUUUCGAUUACCUGCAAGCGCUUAGAAUGAUGGCAUCCAAUGCAUACAUACCACUUGAAGUUAAAAACGCUGCUUCUUAUUAUUUGCAAUACCUGGAUUAUUUCUCAUUGAAACAAAAGUAUAACGUGGAUAAUCUAUUCUCAAUGAUUCCACAACCGAAAAUCGGUGUAGAAAAAGGCUAUUAUGACAAGAUAAGAUCUUUAUUCACAAGCACAGCUUUCCUGCAGACCCUCAGACAAAGCAAUAUGACAAUUGUGAAUGAUCAGAAAACAAUGCUGCAUGACAUGUUACUAAAUGCACUUUCAAACCUCAACUUGGGCGUGGAAUACAAACAAGCUAUUCAAUACUACUUCAAAUCUGUUUUUAACGAAGAAAUAUCCAUGACAGGAAAAUCAAAAGUUCAAUCAAACUUUGAUAUCAUGCUUCAAAAGCUCCAAAGCCUUCAUGGUAACAAUCGCAUGUAUCAAAUAAUCAAAUCAUUCUUAACCAGCAACACAGCAUAUCAACUCUUCCAAAAUGGUAACUUUGAUUACCUCCAAGCAUUGAACAUGAUAAGAUCCAGUGCUUUUGUAUCAUCAGAAGUCCGAAGCGCUGCUUCAUAUUACCUAGAAUAUCUUGAUUACUUCGCUGUCAGGAAUAAAUACGGAAUUGAUAAACUCUUCACCAUAAUACCACAACCAUCAGUGGACUAUGAAAACAUGUACUUUAGAAACAUUCAGAAUUUGUUUACAAGCACAAACUUCCUACAAAUCAUCAAACAGAUGAAUUUACCUGUGGUAAGCGAUCAAAAAAUGAUGCUGCAUAAUAUCUUGACCAGCGCUCUGAAAAACAUCAAUCUAAACCAGGAAUACAGACAAUCUAUCUUGUAUUAUUUGAAAUCAAUGUACAAUGAAGGAUUGACAGUCCAACAACAGCAAUAUAUUGAGUAUUUACUGCAGGAAUUACGCAGUGUACAAAUUGAUGGAAAUCUCUUUGGAUUGAUUUCAUCAUUCUUGACUAGUGAUCAAGCUUAUAUGAUAUUCCAAGAUGGUUUUGAUUUCUCACAAAGUGCUUUCACUGCUCUUGAACAGAUCCUAGAAAAAAUGGGAGGCAUGACCUAUUUGGAUGCACAAACUUUAAGGGCUGCUUCAUAUUACAAACAGCAAGUUCAUCAAACACUUCAAUAUGAAAGUAUGGUGAUGACAAAGGUACAACAUGCAUUUACAAGUCUACAGGGUGUAUCAUCAAAUAUUGUAUCAAAAUAUCAAACAAAUUUAGCGAAUUUCCUACAAAGUCAAGAAUUGCAUACUAUUCUACGUCAUGCACACUUUAAUUACAACAUGGAUGAACGGGAGAUACUCUAUAACAUUCUGAUGAUUGUUCAGGAGGAUGUCAAUGUGGCUAAUGAGAUUCGUGAAGGAGCUUAUCACUAUGCCAAGUAUAUUCUGGAACCACUUUUGGGAAAUAUUCCAUGUAAUAUGGAUGCGUUGAUGAGUUUCCUCCCACAACCAACUAAUUAUCUCUCAAAUAGAUAUUUCAACACUCUGAGACUUUAUCUUCAAUAUGGAGUUCCGAGAUUUUUGAUUUCUCAGAUUGAUUUUACCAAAACAGGUCUUAGUCUCCUAUUGGAUAUUCUUCAAGCUUUGGUUUACAGUGAUCAAAUCCCUGUUGAUGUCAGAGGAACAGCUAGAUUCUAUCUGCAACUGUUUAAUUCUAACACUGAAUUCUGGGGUGUUAACCUUCUCAGAAACAAAUUGGAUAGACUUACUCUUCUGUUACCAAGACCUAAGUCUAUACACGAAGCACAGUAUUACAACUUGAUGAUCAAUUACUUCAAAGGAAAUGAGAUUCUACAACUGUUGAACACGAUUACUUUAAAUCUACAUAAACCUGAUCUGAGAAUUUUGAGAGAUAUCUUAGUUUUGACUCAGAAUACAAAAUUGGUGUUGACUGAUAUGAAGAUAGUAGCAGAUUACUACUUAAAAAUGAUUAACAAAGGAAUGAUUGGAGGUGUUUCAAAUAUUUACUUCGGGAAUAAUCCAAUGACGUUGCCUACAGCGCCAACUAUAAUAAAUCCAGGUUAUCUUCCAACUACUGGGGUAGUGGUACCAAGAGGAACACCUCCAAUGGUUACUCCUGGACCUGCUAUGCCCUCACCAACAACUGUCAUGAUGCCUUCAGCAGGAACAACAACAUUGGAAACCAAUCAAGCAUCAAUGUCUUCUGCUAUCAGCAGAAUUGAAUCCGAAUUUAAUUCUAUGAAUAUUUCUGAGACAUACCAAUCUGACCGUCAGACUUUACUGAAUUAUCUUCAUUCCCCAUUAGGAAAGAAUCUUAUAUUAUCUUCAGGAAUCAGUUUAAACGCUUCAAAUGCUAAUUUACUCUCGCAGUUUAUCCAGACAGCUGCGCAUACUAAUGAUAUCCCGAUGGAUCUCCGACUUGCUUCAGAAAGAUAUGAGAUGGCGCUGCCAUCUUUAAAACAAACAGCUCUUAUGACUCCAUGGGCGCAUUUAAUACCUCUUGAUAAUUUAUUCCAUAAAAUCGUACCGGCAACCAUAAACACAAAAUCUAUUGAUUUUAUUAUUUGCUACAACGCUAUUGAUAGAUAUCUCCACACUGAGGUACCAGCAAUAAUUCGUCAGGAUACUAAUAUUGAUUUGAAGAUUGCACCAAUGGAACUCCUACAAGAUUUCAUGUUAAUAGCUCGUGAAAUUGGUUUUGCAGACAGUGAAAUCACCUUGAUUCAAAGUCAAAUCCAACCAACUCCGUUUACAUUCGGUGUGAUGCAGAAACCUCACCUUGAUCACCUUUACAAACUCUGUAAAGCCUUCCAAUUAAUACAACUCCCAUCAGGGAAGGAAAACAUGAGAUAUUACUACGCAGUUGAUAAUUUCUUCAGGAGUAACACAAUGUAUGAACUCCUCCAACAGAGUAACAUAGAUUUCAGUCAAAAUCAACAGGAUCUACUCAGGACAAUCUUCACAGUGAUCAUCAACAGUCAAAACAGUGCGAUAUCAAGAGAAAUACUCCAAGCUGCUAUUUAUUACAAUAAUGAAAUGUAUAAACCUACAUUACAGAAUGAAUUGGAUUAUGUUUUCCAUUUGGUACCAGCUCCCCAAGGAGAACAAGCAACUCAAGCUUAUAACACCUUCAAUCAAUAUAUCCACAGUGAACAGGCAACAGAAACCUAUCAAAAUCUAAACUUUAUGCAUCAACAACCAGGUUUAAUAUUGAAUAAUAUGCUGGAUAUGACAAGUCACAAUGAAAAAAUAUCUGAAAGUGUCCGGAGUGCAGCAGCAUACCUUCAACAAAAUAAUCAAGAAUGGCAGAUGCAGGAGAGUCAAUCAAUGCAAGCAGCUUAUGCUCAGAACUCGAUGCAUUCCAUGAAAUCUUUGGGAUAUGCUCCGAUACCUAUGCCUAUAACAUCUCAGGCACCUAUUGCUCUACCUCUGACAACUCAACAACCAUAUUUUGACUUUAAAGUUUUUGGUGCGCAGAUCCCACCGGUUGCAUACCCUGAAGAAGAACGUUUCAGGACUGUUCUGAUACAAUUCCUUGGAAGUGAUUUGAUAUAUCACUGUUUCAAUCAAUCAGCACAAUUUGGAACGGAUCUAAAUUCAUUUAAAACAAUUCUGACUCAGUUAUCAACAAAUCCACAAGUUCCUGCUGAUGUGAAGCAAGCUUGUAUCUACUACUUGAACCACGCUCCAUUCUUUGAUUAUAAAUCAUUGAUUAGUCUUAUUCCGGAACCUGCAAGACCUAAUCUCAAAAAACUCUAUGAACAUAUGGUGCAAUUCUUGUCUAACAGUGCGUUAAUCAACAAAGUGACUCAGAAUAUCAACCUAAGUGCAUUUGCUUCAAAUGAAUUGAUUCUGAAAGAAAUUCUAAAUCUGGCGGAGCAAUGUGAUUGGUUGGAUGAACCCACAAGGGUUGCAGCAACAUAUUUCAAAACUUUGAUCAAAUCAGAAGCUAUAUCGAUGCAAAGAGUUUUCACAAAGACUUUGGAUCUCAGCGAUAUAUUCAACGAUGUGUUUGAUUUCUCGGUGUUUAGUAAGAUGCAAUUCGAUGCAUUCCAUCACUUUUGGUCGUAUGUCAACAAAGACACCCAGGAACUUCUAUCGUCACCCGGGUUUGAAUUCUGGACGAGUAACAUCAAGCGGGGGGCAUUCACCAAUAAAUUCUUGGCUGCUCUUAGUACUAAACCUGGUGUUCCUGGGGAUGUCCUGGAAGCCAUCACGGUUUUGACUCCGCUAGUACAGGUCACCAACGGAGGCGCUUUGGAUCUCUAGCUUUAUUGUAUUUAAUAAGUCUUUAUAAGUUAUGUGGUUAUCAGGUUUUAUAAUUAAAUCAUGCACGUGAAUUUUCGUUAUAUAAAACAACAUUUUAUCAUUUAUUGUGGUGAUGGUACAAAUAAAAAUGGGUUCAAUGUG